CCCCCAGGUGCCCACGGAGUGAGAGAGGAGCCCAGGUUUGUGACGGCGCGUGCUGGAGAGAGCGUGAUCCUGGGGUGCGACGUGUCCCCUCCCCUGGAUGGCCAGCAGCCCCCCUAUGUGGUGGAAUGGUUCAAGUUUGGAGUGCCUAUUCCCUUCUUCAUCAACUUCCGCUACUACCCUCCACAUGUGGAUCCAGAGUACACUGGUAGAACCUCUCUGCAUGGGAAGGCCUCCCUGCAGAUCGACCCGGUGCGCUCUGAGGACCAGGGCUGGUACGAGUGCCGGGUCCUGAUGCUGGAGCAGCAGUACGACACCUUCCACAACGGCAGCUGGGUGCACCUCACAGUGAACGCCCCACCAUCAUUUACAGCGACACCGCCGCAAUAUGUAGAGGCAAAGGAGGGGGGGAGCACUCUGCUUAGCUGCUCUGCCCAGGGAAAUCCAAAACCUAUCAUCAGCUGGCUGAGGGAAAGGGAGGAGCUGGCAACCAACGCAAAGUACUCGGUUCAUGACGGCAGUUUAAGCAUUCUUGGCAUCACCAGAGAUGACAGAGGGGCGUACACCUGCAGAGCCUACAGUGACCAGGGGGAAGUGCUCCACACCACCCGUCUGCUGGUUCAAGGGCCUCCAUACAUAGUCUCACCACCUGAAAACGUCACAGUCAACAUUUCCCAGAAGGCAGUCUUCACCUGCCAAGCGGAGGCGUAUCCCGGCAACCUGACCUACACCUGGUUUUGGGAGGAGGAUAACGUCUACUUCAAGAAUGAUCUGAAGCUCCGAGUCCGCAUCCUCAUCGACGGCACCCUCAUCAUCCUCCGGGUCAAGCCAGAGGAUGCCGGGAAGUACACCUGCAGUCCGAGCAACAGCCUCGGCAUCUCGCCCUCAGCGUCAGCCUACCUGACUGUUCAGUACCCUGCUCGAGUGAUCAACAUGCCCCCGGUCAUCUACGUCCCUCGGAAACUGCCAGGCAUCAUCCGCUGCCCAGUGGACGCCAACCCACCCGUCGCAUCAGUGAAGUGGGAGAAAGACGGCUAUCCGCUCAGAGUGGAGAGGUAUCCCGGUUGGAGCCUGAUGCCAGAUGGAAGUAUCCGGGUGGCAGAGGCCACAGAAGACUCCCUGGGCACCUACACCUGUGUGCCUUACAACGCCCUGGGUACCAUGGGCAUGUCCCCCCCUGCCACUUUGGUGCUAAAGGAUCCCCCUUACUUUAAUGUGAGGCCUGGGGGGGAGUACCGUCAGGAGGCUGGGAGAGAGCUAGUAAUCCCCUGUGCUGCUUCUGGAGACCCUGAUAUACCAACAAUCACCUGGAGAAAGGUGGGGAAGCCAAGCAGGAGUAAGCACAACAUCCUACCCAGUGGCAGCUUACAGUUUCUGUCCCUCAGCAAGGAGGACCAUGGAGAGUGGGAGUGUGUAGCCACCAAUGUGGUCACAAGCAUCACUGCCAGCACGCGUAUCCUAGUCAUCGGCACCAGCCCACACGCUCCUGGCAAUAUCCAUAUAUUGCCCUCAACAACCUCUGCUAAUGUUUCCUGGGAACCAGGUUACGAUGGCGGCUUCGAACAGACGUUCUCAGUGUGGUACGGUUCAGUGUCAAAGAGAGUAGACGCCGGUCCUCAUGACUGGGAUUCCUUGCCAGUUUCUGGUGCUCAGAUCUGGUUGGUGGUGCCGGGAUUGGAGCCUGGGACGGAGUACCAGUUCAGUGUGCUGGCGCAAAACAAACUGGGCACGGGCCCAUUCAGUGAAGUUGUGACAGUCACCACUGCAGGCUCUCCUCUGGGUACCCCAGAACCACUGGUGCUUCUUACUCCACCACGGUGCCUCACAGCCAAUCGCACGCAGCACGGUGUCCUCCUCACAUGGCUCCCUCCGGCCAACCACUCUUCACCCAUUGACCGAUAUAUCAUGGAGUUCCGCCUCGGGGAGAAGUGGGAGGUUCUGGAUGACUUGAUCCCAUCCACUGAGACUGAGCUCAUAGCAAGAGACCUUAUUCAGGACUCUUGGUAUGAGUUUCGAGUUAUGGCGGUCAUGGAUGAUCUGAUUAGUGAGAGCAGCAAUGUAGUGGGAGUGUCCAGUACAGACCCCUUCCCUGCUCCAGAGUUACCUGAGGAGGGGCUGGCGCGGCCUGUGGUGGCAGGUGUUGUGGCGACUAUCUGCUUUCUGGCGGCAGCAGUACUGUUCAGCACUCUAGCAGCUUGCUUUGUUAAUAAGCAAAACCGACGAAAACUCAAGCGUAGACCAGAUCCUCCUUUGUCGGUGACACACUUCAGGAAAAGCAUUGAGUCGCCGUUAUCAUCUGGCAAGAUAAGUCCAGAGAGCUCCCCUCCAUCUCGUCCACGUUCUCUCUCAUCGGAGGGUUCCCAUGGUCCAGGCCUGUAUGUCAGAAAGCUGCCCAGUCCUCAAAGAGAAAAAGACAAAGAGCUCUCUUUCUACAAGAAAACCAAGCGUGCCAUAGCCAGCAAGAAAUACAGCGUGUCCAAACACGAGGCGGAGGUCACCACGCCUAUAGAGCUAAUAAGCCGUGGCCCCGAUGGCCGCUUCGUCAUGGAGACCAGCCCGCUUCCUCGCCGUAUCCAGGGCUUCCCCUUCGCAGAGGAGUCUGACAUGUACCCUGAGUUCCGGCAGUCUGACGAGGAGAAUGAUUUUGACCCCGGGCCUUUGCCGCCCAUCAUGCCCACGCUGCGGCCCCAGCUGUCCCCAACGUCCUCCAGCCUGGAGUCAACGCAGCCCCCCACCUACAGCCCCCGCCUCCACAGGCCCAUGGAAGGUAUGAGCUUUGCAGAGGGCAGUGCACUCCACGCCUCGGGGCAGGCGCCCACCUCCCGCUACAGGGGCUUUCCCCAGGGCCCGUUCUAUGGGUAUCUAGGCAGCCGCGGUGAAUCAGGGAUUCCGCCACCAUUCUACAUGCCUGACAUCAGCCCGCGUAGCUCCGCUCUGUCCUCCCCGCCGGGCACCGCCGAGGGGCCCUUUGGCUACCCCUCCAUCCCCGAGGAGAGUGGAGAGAUGGAGCACCAUCAUUACACUGCCUCCGGUCACUCUCUGUCUCACACACACAGCCCUCCCCCCCGCUCGCCCGAAAGCUGGCAGCCUCACGAGUUACCCUUUCUCGGUCUAGAGGGCCCACGGUUCAUAUACCCGCCCCACCAUCCCUUACAUCACCCCCAGGACCUCCCCGACCCACCCCCGUACCCUCCUCACUCUCACCCCUCUAGUCGCUUGCACCUCCCUCCGCUGAAGGAUCCGUCCAGUCCCGGGCUCCUGCAGCUGGAGGUGCCGGUGGCUCCCCCCGGCAGAGACCGGCCCCCGGGGCCCCCGGUUAGGCGUUUAGCUAUGCAACAGGCCCAGAGUCUCGGCCAGCUCAGACACACGGCCCACGGUGUGGGCGUACCAGUGUUGCCUUACCCUGACCCGGCAGCCCGCGCAGGGAGCCCAAGCACAGCCCCCAGUAGUAGCCCUCAGUCCUGGCUCAGUCCGAGGGCAGGGCGCCGGGCAGACCCCAGCCUACCCCCGCUGGUCCUCCAGCCUUCCCGUCUCUCCCCGCUCUCCCAGAGCCCGCUCAGCACCCAGCCGGGUUCGCCAGAUAUCCUGGUGCGGCCCCCGCCCCGCCCCAGCAUCCUCCGCACCUCCCGGUCUCUGGAGAUGCCCGAGCUCACCCUGCAGCCCUCCGCCACGGUCAGUUUCUCCCGGAGGUCCUCUCUGACCGCCUCCCCCAUUCAGAGCCAGGGCGCCAAGCAGCCCAGCCCCAGUUAUCACGCCCACAUGUCCUACGCCUCCACCGCAGCCAGUUACCCCUCCCAGUCCCCCUCUCCCCCUCCAGAGGGCAGGGAUGUUUUCGGGCAGAGGCCAUCCCAGAGAAGGACAGAGGAGGAGAUGCUACCCUCAGAGCCCUCCCAGCUCCAGAUAUCAGCCUCAGGCUAUCUGGGCAGCGUUGUUGUGACCCGGUCCCCUACGCCACAAUAGUGACAUAUGAUGGACAUCUCUAAAGCUUUGUGUUCUUUUGCCUUUUUAAAACAGUUCAUGUUUGGCACAACAGCUUGACUUAAUGUGAACAUUAAGUCAGGGUGUUGAGGCCGUUUGUAUUCAGUGACCGAGGCGACACUGAGCCUCACCAAGCCGAGCUUAAGUGAUAUGAGAUUAUGAGGUUAUUUUAUUUCAUUGCAUCAUUUUAUGAGAGAUGGACAACAAAACCAGAGUUUGCAUUGUGAGGUAAAGCUGCCUAUGAAACAGACUGUGAAAGUGAACAUACUUAAACGUGAUAUGAUUAUUUUCCCGAGGACAUUGAUUGUUUUCAUUCAAAGUGGCAUGUAUCACUCAUGAAAUGAAAAUAGUUCAGAUUUCAGAAACAUGUCCCUGUUUUUGUUACAUUUAGCUCAUAUUUGCAGACUGGGCCGUCAGCUGACCGCUGAAUGAAUGAACCAGCUUGAGGGGGUCGGCAAUUUUUUUCACUCGGUGUGGAAGCAAGAAUUGAUUUAACAAUGAAAACGACUCGGAUUUUGUUUACAAUAACAGCAGAGCCCCAGGCACAAGACACCUGAGUUACGAGUUGUUAUACAUUUAAUCAAAGUUUGCUAAUAAAUAAAAUGUAGAUUCCAUGUAUCUGCUUUCAGGGAUUCAUUACUUAGAAUGCAGCUCUUAAGGGUGAGACAUUAAUCUUAACCCAGAGACAUCUUUUUCAGGAGUCCAUCAAAACAAGACUUAAUAUCUUUCAGAUCAAUUCUAUUAUUAAAGUUACAAAGAAGUGUGAAAUGAAAGCUAUAAAUUCAUGCAUGUAAUUUGUAUAGAGUUACAAAUUAGCAUGAAUAAUGUGUGAGCACAGCAGAAAGCAACAAGCUCCUCCUCCAUUAUAAUGAAGGAACAGGGCGUGAAGUGGGACUGUAGUACCAGCUGUCUCCCAAAAACCUGUUUGGAUGUUGGAAAACCUCCAGUGUCAAUAACCUGCCCAUAUUCAGAGCUUGCAUUAUGCAAAUGCUUUAGGCUGCUGGCUGUUGAGGUGUGUCAGAACAUUUGAGGGAGUGUUCCUUAUGAUGCAGCAGAGGGUGCUCAAGGCUCAGCUUGACCUAUUCUGGAACGUGGCACGAUUUAAGUAAAAUGUUUGCUCCAUUGCCUCAAAAAUGAGUAAGUUGAAUAAAGGAAGUCUAAUUUUUUAGUUAGUGAACUUUUUCUAAGGAAAUUGGUAAAAGGCCUGAAGGAUUUUCUGUUUAUAUUCAAUUUGUGAUGUAAAAAGUUUGGAUAUUGGAGUUGUUAGAGCAGCUGCUCUGGUUUCCCUCUCAGUGGGAACUGUGUGCUUUCACUGAGUGUCUGCAAAUCCCUUUUUUUUAUCAUUAACCUCAUUUAACGGAUUAUGUGACACAUGUUGAAGGUUGCCGACCCCCGACUCACACUUUACCAGUAAUUGUGAUUUUGGAGGAUUUCAGGACAAUCAGGAAUAAAUCCUCAUUGUUACAGGAACAAUAACUUUACAGUUCCAGAAAUUAUUUUCAUUUUAUGAGUUUUAUACAGCAAAGAGAUCAAUAUUGCCAACAUUUCUGAAGCAAUCACAGUUUAAAGACCCAAAUCUGAAUAAGUCCAGCUGUUAUUAUGUACCUGAAAACGGUUUCCUCUCUUUCCACUUUCCAUUUGAUUUAAGGGAUACAAUUGUAAUACCUAAAAUAAAAUCAGCAAAAAAUGUUUUAGAACAACUACUUGCCUGCAUUUCUGCAAAUUCAUUUAAUAUAGCUUGAAUUGGGUCUUUAACGUCGUGAUUGUUUAAGAAAAAUAAUAAUUCCACCCAAUCCACCUCCACCUUCUGUCAACUAUUCUUUCUUUCACUUUCUUUCUCUUUUUCAUCCUUUCUUUGUCUUUCUUUGGAUCUAACUUUUGCCAUCCAUCAAAGCGGAUAGAAAGUGGAAUUACAUCAUCUUAGUGAAACGGCUCUCUAUAGAAGUGCAAGAGCUCAUCAAAUCAUACGAUAGCACCUACUGGAAAUAGCCAUGAAAGUGCUGUUUUUGUCUUCUCAGUCUGAGAAAUGAGCCGACACGGCAGCUGGAUUAAUGCGGGACACCGUACUGUGCUGUCUCUCGUCUUCUCAGGGAACCUCUAGGUGCGUCAGGUGAUACUGCCGGGUCUGAGAGCCUACCAGCACUGCUACACCACUGUAUUACUAAAGCCAAGGGCGUGGCUGCCAAUAACAAUAACAACACGACAUCCACAAGGAGAACAGGUGUGUCUCCCUCUCAGACCCAGCAGCAAUCUCGGACACCCCAAGAGGGAGAGGAUCUCAACUCCCACAAAAAGAGGAAAAAGCAAAACAAGAAGAACGCAUACCGCUAUUUAACCUCCCUCCUGCAUCGUAGGCAGUCUGAGGAGGACCAGACAGGCAUUUUGGCCAGUGCUGACUCUGAGGGCCCAAAUUACGGGACUCUGCGCUGACCCCCCGGUGCCCAUCAAGCCAUUGGACUCCACAAAACAGGCCCCUUCCCCGGCUGACCCCACCUCGGCUUUCCCCUACCGCGCCACAGUAACGACAAAUAUGUUUCUUAUAAUCUCUAAAAGUCGAUCCGUGUUUGAGGAGCAGUGAACGUGGCGCUGAACCCUCUGGAGCUCUAAACCUCAUCUGAAGACAAGAACAAUGGCUUCUCUGAGUUUUCACGACUACUACUCCUCGCUGAGGAGUCUCACACAGAAAAUGCUCUGAAAAUAUAUUAUGUACAUAAAUAGUAAAACAAGGGAAUUAAGCUUCCUCUUACAGUAAUAAAAUGUGUUGGUUGAGUACAUCACAACACGUUAAAGGUUUUUCACACACUGGUCAUUGAGAGGUCCAUGUCUUUAGGUAUUUCAGUGAUGCAGCGUACUGUUAAGCCUGGUGCGUCCUUGUACAGGGACACGAGUAAACCUUUCCUACAAUACAAAUAGUGUCAGUAUUUAAACACAGGGUUCUUACCACAAAAUAUACCUCAGAGUACACGCAGAGUUGCUGUAAUUCUUGUGGUAUACUGUACGUACUUGACCUUUUUACAUAGAAAAACACAUGGAUAAAAAGGUUUCUAUCACUCACCACUCACUCAAAUGGAUAAUAUGGCCUACCUUUAUUUGAUUUAGGAGCUUUUUAUUAUUGGUGGCAUAAUCUGUUUACUUUGGUUUGUAAUCCAAUGCCAACCAUUAGAAGAGAGAGUCUUGACUUUUGUGCUUGGUGGCGCAGUGUGUUUACACUCAUCAUUGCAGCACAGCAUUAAGACAAAGAUCAUAGCCUUCAUGAGAACUCUCCAACUUAUUUUGGACUUUAAUGCUCAGCAGAGGAUGAACUGAGGAGCGACGUGACAAAUUGUGAAGAGUGUGUAUGCAUUUCAUCAUUGAGGAAUCAUUUGUGAAACUUGAGGGGCCUUUUUUUCAUUUGCCUUUGUUGUUUUUUUGUUUUUUUUUGUAACAUAAACUGCCUUUUUCCUUUGCCUUCUCAUAUUUGUCUCUCAAGCGGAGAGAGAGACCCCAAUAUUAUGUGCGAUUUUUACUUUUUCUGCCAAGGACAUGCAUGAGAAAAUUCUACAGAGGAUGCAUUAAGUCUUACUUUGCUUUUUUUUUAAACAUGAGUAACUGCUUCAUUAGUCCAAGUGACGGGACAGCACCAGAAUACUUGUACAAACGUCAAUUGGAAAAUGAUAUGAAUAAUAAAUUAUAGGCACUGUACAUGCCAAUAGAAACUAGUACAGUGGGGGAUGUUGAUGUUUAACAGCAGCUUUUAGAGGAGAAUGUGACCGCUUCAGAGAGCUGUUACUGUAACUAGCAAUCGGAAUCAUUGAAACAAAUGGCCACCCUGACUGUUUAUCUUUAAUUGUAUAUUACUUGCUAGCUACUACUCUGUACGUUUGUUAAUUUUUCAACACUAACCGAUAAUGAAUGUAUGUUUUGCUGUACAGGAAAUGAAUGUCCCAAGUUACAGUGCAUUGAAUGAUGACCCAUUGUAUUACUUAUGGUGCAGCUGGGAUUGGUGAAACGACCAGUUGGCACGUUAGGUCCAGAUUCCAGUAUGCGAUCCCACUCAAGCUCUGAGCCACGUUCCCUUUUGCUCUCGUCGGCUACUGUAAUAACUUUUUUCAUUACGUUGCUAAAGCUAGUUCAAUCACUCGAAGACAUAUCAAACAGAUUCCCAUUUCCAACCAACAAAUCGGAGGUUUUCUGCUAAAUGUCCACAUGAAUGACUAUGAAACCUUUAGACAGGUGAGAAAGAGGUGACUGCCUGAAAGUGAGCGUCAAAGUGCAUAUUCUACUUUAACAAAUUGGUUUCGUGUAAGAUAUGAGGAAAAAAAAUCUAUAUUUGUUAUGUACUGUACAUGGUGUGUAUUGUAUUUGUAAAGAUAACUCGAACCAUGUUUUACAGGAAGACCUUCUCAUAUGAGUAUGUAUGAAAAGACGGGAAGAAUCCCAAGUAAAAAUAAAUUAGAUUAUAUAUCAAAGUAUUUGCUUACAGUACGGCUUUAAGUGGAUAAUGUUUUUAAAACAUUUUAAGGUGCCUAAUUUGUCAUACUUUAGCAGACAUUAUUUUAUCUGAGAAGAAAAGAAAACUUAAUGUUAGUACCGUACAGUGUAUUAUUGCCAUAGCCCGCUGGCUGCACAAGUUGAGUAGUAUUUUCUCUGAUGUAUAGUAUGUGGAUGCCCAUUGGGGAAAGCUUUAGAAGCAAAAAUGUGUUGCCCACUAUUAUAUUUCUGGAACAAAGUAACACUGUAUUUUGCCUGUUCAUGAGCACACAUGUAGAUUCACUCCAAGAUCUCUUCGCCUUCACUUGUCCAAAGCAAAUAAACAGAAGGAAACUUUUUUCUAAGAGUAAUGGACAUGCUAUAGUCAUGUACAAAAUGUGCUGUGGAGGAAAUUGUGUUUACAUUAGCUCGAUGAAGAAAAGUGUGUUAGGGCAUAGUUGCUUUGAACAUUACGACUUGGUGCUAUGUUUAACUUUGUGGUGCUGUAGAAUAGAGGUCUGAAGAUUUUUUUUUUUCUGUUUCCACAAGCAACUUCUUCCAGCCCUGUGUGGUUGAGCAGCCAAACUAGCUCUGUUAGACACUAUAGGUCCUUAUCAUAACUGUGUGACAACAGUGAUAAACAAUACUGGAACGUAGACGUAUAACCUCAAAUAAUAGACUUGUGACAUUCAAUUGAACUCAAAAUUACCUGUUUUCUAUAGUGUGUUUGCAAUGUCUGUUUGUGCUUCCAAGGUACCCUCUCUAAAGUAUAUUUGUUGAUGAUACUGAGAAUAUUUACCCAGCCUAAGUGGAGAAACAUACCCUGACUUAGAGUACUACUCACCACAGGACACACAGGGGAGAAUCUGAGAGCAUUGUCAGGUCACGUGAAGAUCUUUUCUACAUACUUCCUGUAGGUUAUUUGGUUAACAGCACCGUUUUUCAAGCACACUACUGCAGGCGCGUAACCACCUCACGUCAUCCCACCACCUCUUCCCAGGAAGAAUUCCUAUUAGUACUGUACAGUAUAGCCAUGGGUAGUACACAAUUGUAUCUCUCCUCCUGGUACAACGGUUUGGGGAAAGCUCAUACAUCCUCCUCUGGUUUUUUCAAAUGGAUGCCGUCUUCCGGGCGCUUUUUUUUUUUCUUUUUUUUUUCUCACCUGCAACAGAAACAUGUACAGUGUUUAAGAGGGCUGCUUUGGACGCACUAUUAGCAAAGUUUUUCAUUUUUGUUUUUGUUUGUUUAGUUUUGUUUUCUGCUUACAGCUUUUAGUGCAUCACUAGUUGCUAGUAGGACGAUACUUAGAACAGAUUUGAUUUGUUAUGGUAUUAAUCUUGCAUGUAGAGACAAUACAAAAAUGCCUAUUUAGCAAUCAUUCAUGGACAUCUGAGCUGGUUGUUAUUGGACGGACGCUAGAAGUAUGUAGUAUUUUCUAUAUUCUCUGUUUUUUCAUGUGUACCAGCACUGAGAAACUAGAAUGUAUAAUUGUCGUAGGCUACAAUAAGCACUACAUUGUUGACUGUUUUAGCUAAUGCUCAUAUUCAAUUAAACCCAAGUAGUGCUUAAAGGAAGAAAAUUCACCAUAUUUCAUGUCAUUUUCAUCCACUCAACUCUGUGCUGUACAUCACAUGUUUACAUUCUGUAUUAUAUGUUUUUUUUGUAUAUGUCCCCAUAAUGUUCAUAUGUAAAUAUCUCGGAAAUUCUUUUUCUCUUUUUAAUACAAUAACCUGAUGCUUCUGUUUUCUGCCAGUUUUUAGAACUGUCUUUCUGUUCUGUCACUGCAUCAGGUAUUUAGGCUUCACUUACCUUUUUGUGAGCAAUUAACUCAUACUGUAUGGUGCUGUACCAAAGCCUUAUGUAUAAUAUUUGUGUUACUUUUAUCUCAUUUGCCACUGCUUUUCAGUGAAUUCUGUAUCGUCUGAAGUCAUGUCUGACUCACUCCUUCAUGUUCAACUGCCAUGGAUCUUGUUUCUUUCUUUAAGUAAGCAGAAACCUGAAUGAACUAUGAUGUAAAAACAUUGGCCUGUUUACCAAACUGGCCUGGAUGUACAGCAACAGACGCCAUCACAAGCCUUCAUAGGGAAAAUGCACAGGCUCGCUCCUGGUUGGCUCAUCAUGACGUAGACAUGGGCCUAGCACAUGAUCUAUGCUCUAUCUAUGGCAUGUCUGUGAGAAUAUGAAAGCAGUGUUGUAUUCAUGUCACCAUAUCAUUUCAAAUGCUUAGUCCCAUACAAAAUUUUCCUCUCAAAUUUUUGUAUUUUGAUAUAAUAAAAAAAUCAAAAGAG